AUGGCUUCUGGAUUCGGUUACACCGGCGGUCGUACCCGCUGUUUCGCAUUCUGGCAGGAGUUUAGCAAGGUUGGUGGGGCCGGAAUGUACAAGCCAACUAACUCUGUGCAGUGCUACGCCAGCGCCGAAGGACCCAACGACUGUAUCGCCCAGAAGGAGGACUACCUUGAGUGCCUUCACAGGACAAAGGAGAUUGCGCGCGCCAAGGAGAUCAAGACGCACUUUGUCCAGACUCAGGCGCGUGAAGGUGCCGACGCCCGGAAAGCGGCUGAGAAGGCUGCUACCGGUGUUAUUGUGAACCUCGGACUCGUCGAAGAGAGUUCCUAA